CAAAAUCCUGAUAGGAAUAGAUCGGGUAGAUGCACAGAGUCUGUCACCCUGAGUAGGGGAAUCGAGGAUCAGAGGACAUAGAUUUAAGGUGAGAGGGGAAAAGAUUUAACAGGAACCUGAGGGAUAACUUUUUCACACAAAGGGAGAUGGGCGUAUAUGGAACGAGCUGCCGGAGGAGGUAGUCGAGGAGGGUACCGUCGAAACGUUUAAGAAAUAUUUAGACAGGUGCAUGGAUGUGGAGGGAUAUAGGCCAAACACAGACAGUGUAGAUGGGACAUGUUGGCCAGUGUGGGCAAGUUGGGCCGAAGGGCCUGUUUCCACGCUGCAUGAACCUAUCUUGACAGGCAUCCACUAAUCCAUUGAUUUUAAUUUGUAUUAAAAAAUAAAGAUUUUAAUUUGUUGUCCAAAUUAACAUAAUUGCUUUAAUUAAUAUGCCACAAACAAGGCUUUUGUCUGCGUUGUCUGCCGAUGAAUAUUACAAAGUCAUGCUUGACAACUGGAUGGGUUCAUGUAUUUCCUGUCGCCUUUCAUAGAAACAUAGAAACAUGGAAAAUAGGUACAGGAGUAGGCCAUUCGGCCCUUCCAGCCUGCACCGCCAUUCAAUAUGAUCAUGGCUAAUCAUCCAACUCAGUAUCCUGUACCUGCCUUCUCUCCAUACCCCUUGAUCCCUUUAGCAAGAAGGGCCACAUCUAACUCCCUCUUAAAUAUAGCCAAUGAACUGUGGCCUCAACUACCUUCUGUGGCAGAGAAUUCCACAGAUUCACCACUAUCUGUGUGAAAAAUGUUUUCCUCAUCUCUGUCCUAAAAGAUUUCCCCCUUAUCCUUAAACUGUGACCCCUUGUUCUGGACUUCCCCAACAUCGGGAACAAUUUUUCUGCAUCUAGCCUGUCCAACCCCUUAAGAAUUUUGUAAGUUUCUAUAAGAUCCCCCCCCCCCCCCAAUCUUCUAAAUUCUAGCGAGUACAAGCCGAGUCUAUCCAGACUUUCUUCAUAUGAUAGUCCUGACAUCCCAGGAAUCAGUCUGGUGAACUUUAUCUGUACUCCCUCUAUGGCAAGGCGAUGAAACAAUGUCAUGGUUUCAAAAGGUUUUAAUAUACAAAGGAAGCAAUAAUCGAGUGUCGUCAAGUCCAUGCAGAAGGCAGCUUUAUUAUUUUAUACUUUCCAUUUCACUGCUCUCCUGAAUGUCAAUAAAUUCUUGAUUUCAACAACUUGUCAGAGGCCAUGGCGUGAGCUGGCCAAUUAAUUCUACAGAGGCGGCAUAUGUGUGAAACAUUGCAAGUAAGCACAGUUACAAGAAUCUCUCACAUGCUGGCACCUUUGUCCCACCCAGCACUCAGCCAGUCUGCCCUGACCCUCUAAUGGCCCUGUCCCACGGUACGAGUUCAUUCCAAGAGCUCUCCCCAGUUUUAAAAAAAUCAAACUCGUGGUAAGCACGGAGAAUGAACAUAGCAGGUACGUCGGAGCUCGGGGACGUCUCUUAGCGGCUCGUAACGCUAACGACAGGUACUCAGGAAGACUCAUUGGUUGCCCUCUCCCCUCCCUGGUGGAUAUUUACACCUCCCGCUGCCUUAGCAGGGCAAAGAAUAUCAUCAAGGACAGCUCCCAUCCUACGUUUGGACUGUUCGACCUGCUGCCCUCUGGAAGGCGCUAUAGGUGCAUCAAAUCUAGGACAAAUAGACUCAGGAAUAGUUGCUUUCCGAAAAUUAUAACUACUCUUAAUUCACACAUGCACUGACUUUACAGCCCAACACCCGGACUUCCAUCUAUUAUAUCCACGUAAUGAAAUUUGGAACUGUAAUGUGUAUUGUAACUGUAAUUUUUAACAUUUAAAAAAAAAAACAUUUUUAAUAUUUAAUAUAAUCUUUAAACAUCUCCUUCACCAUUUUGCCUUUAUAGAUAUGUAUAUAACGCCGCAGAAUUGUGCACCUAUCCCCCCCCCCCCCCCCUUCUCCCUUUUGUUUUUGUUUUCUGUUUCUUGUUUUUUGUACUAAAUUAUAUGUAUGCACUGAGUACGAGCAGCUUUUAAUUUCAUUGUACAUGUAUAGUGACAAUAAAUGGCAUAUCUAUCUAUAUCUAAGACUCGCUAACGGCAGGUAUGAACGGGAAGACUCGUGAAGAUUUUUUCAACAUGUUGAUAAAUGUCCACGAGAGCCCCGAGUACCAUUACCGUAAAUCUCCGAGUUCGAAUCAGGGCAAACUCUGGAGAGAGAGCUCUUGGAAUGAACUCAUACCGUGGGCCAGGGCUUUAAGCCUUUAUCUGGGGGAACUUGCUUCUAUAGGCGUUGAGGGAGACCUUGUCAACCAAAACAAGUAGGCAGCAGAAAGCAAAAAUUGCGAUCAUGUUAUUGUCUAUUUUAAUUUUGUUGUUUUAUCUCUUUACAGGAUUUCAUCAGCCAUUGCGUCUUUAAAACCUUCUCCUCAACAACAAGAUGGCGGAUGACUGGAAGGUCUCUGAAAGCCUGGGUUUUAGGCCCGGCAGCUUCAUAGUUCCAGUCAUCUUUUCGCUGAUAUUCCUUCUUGGGACUGUGGGGAAUGGCCUGGUCCUGGCGGUGUUACUGAGGAAAGGACAGACAAGCUACAGCACAACCAACCUCUUUAUCUUAAACCUCAGCAUAGCCGACCUCUUCUUCAUCGUCUUCUGCGUCCCCUUUCAAGCCACUAUCUACACGCUGGACGGGUGGCUGUUUGGCACCUUCAUGUGCAAAAUGGUCCACUUUUUCAUUUACCUCACCAUGUAUGCGAGCAUCUUCACGCUGGCUGCAGUAUCCGUUGACAGAUACCUUGCCAUCAGGUACCCCUUGAAAUCGAGGGAACUUCGCACAGCUCGCAAUGCCUUAAUUGCCAUUGGAAUCAUCUGGGCGUUGUCAAUGGUUUUAGCUGGGCCUUACUUGAAUUAUUACCAGAUUGUCCUGUACAAUGGGGUGCCUGUCUGCGUGCCAAUCUGGGCAGACAAGAGGAGAAAAGUCAUGGAUGUUUCCUCUUUUGUGUUCGGGUAUGUUAUACCCGUUACGAUCCUGAGCUUUGCCUACACCCGGACAAUCAAGUACCUGUGGACAUCAGUGGAUCCCAUUGAGACGGUGUCAGAAGCCAAGAAGGCCAAGAGGAAGGUGACCAAGAUGAUUAUCAUCGUGGCUGUGCUGUUCUGCCUGUGUUGGCUGCCCCACCAUGUGGUGAUCAUGUGCUUCUGGUUCGGCCACUUCCCCUUCAACAAGGCCACCUACGCCUUCAGGCUGAUUGCCCACUGCAUGUCCUACGCCAACUCCUGCCUCAACCCCAUCGUCUACGCGUUGAUAUCCAAGCAUUUCCGGAAGCGCUUCAAGCAAGUCUUCACCUGCCUGCUGAAGAAGAAGGCCCUCAACAAAGUGCACGUCCUGCAUGUGGCCAACACCGUGACUGGGCUCCAGCCUGCCUCCACCGACAUCUCCCAGACCAACGGACACAACUACAUGGUCGGUCGCUCGGCGCUGGUGGAAAGCAACCUGGUGGUGCUUGCAGAGACCAGAGCCGCUCAGAGGCACGAGGUCUGACAUUAACCAUCGGCCAGGAAGCAAAUGCAAAUCCGAGAGGAGUGUUGUUCUCACCGUAUCUCUGGCACGUUCACUGAUUUCCUUCGGUAGCGUUGGAUUUGGAGUAGGAGCAAAUUUUGAUGGAGCCAUCUGAUUACAACGGGUUUCCACUGUGUGAAAAGGCACUUUGGUUUGAAGGUCAACAUCACAUUGAAUGGCGGUGCUGGCUCGAAGGGCCAAAUGGCCUACUCCUGCACCUAUUGUCUAUUGUCUAACUGAAGAACUCAUGUAAUUUGCAUUUCUAAUCAUGCAGUUGUCAUUAACCAUCUUGCCACUUGGUCAAUUCGGGACAUGCAUAGUCUUUGAUAC